AUGGGAGUGGAGAUGACCCAGUUGUUAAAGGGAACAAUGAAUCCGGGCUGGCCAAUGCUUAGACCAGGUGGUAGAACGGAUCCUACAGAUGCUCACUUCCCAUUACGCAAGUCUGUCUCCUAUCCGUACCCCCAGUUCCAAGAGGCAGUCGCCGCCACUAACGUCAAUAUGCAAGUGGUGUACAGUGGAGGGUCCACCACACCCUCGCCCUCCCCUCGCCUACAGAGAAAACAGAUGCAGGGUUAUGGUCGCCCAGUGUUACCCGGGUACCUCACUGGCCCCCCGCCCAUCUCAACGCACCAUAGAUCUAAAGAAGAAGUGCAUAAAAGUGAGGGUGAUAAGAGUUUGAGAGACUCUAUCCCCGCCAUGUCCAAACCAUUAGCAGUAAUAUGUCUAAUUUGUAAUAUAAUCCUACCGGGAUUAGAAUGCAACGAUUUGAUUGGACUGACGCCAGCGAAUACAUCCAACCAUUGCCCGCGACAGAAAGAAAGUAAAUAA